AAAAAAAAAGGCAUUCUCCGUCAGAGGAGAGAAGACGGCUCUCGCCGAAGCCUUCAGCAUAGGUUUCUUCUCCCCUCUGCUCUCAGAAUUGUAUGAUCUGAGCUCAUAUUCAAUUAUUCUAGCUGCCAGAGUUGUGGAAGAGAGAGAGAGAGAGAGAGAUGGGUAAAGAUGAAUGAAUAUAGUGGCUUUUGAAUGUUUAUACAUGCCUUACUGUGAUCAGGAAACACAAUUCAACAAUCUUUGCUUCUUAUCAGUUUCUGUUGUGAUGUGCUGAAGGAAAUAUAUCUUAUGGCCAACAAAGGGGAGGCUGAAUGGAUUGAAAGAGUGAGAUCAGAGGGAGCUGUUCCACUAGUUGAUGCAGACACUUGUCAACCUGGCUGGGCUUCUCCGCCGGCAGACAAGUUCAUGGUCAGAGGCCCAGAUUACUUCUCCACCAAGGUUAAAGUUCCUGCUGCUCCAUGUCUUCUUAAGCCGAUUGGAUUUGACUGGAUUACAAGUUCUACAAAGAUUGCAGACAUCUUAAAACAUCCUAACAGUCGCGUCAGGAAGAUUAUUGAGGAUGAGUUUCUGUUAGGCAAUAAGCCUUUUGUUUGGGCUUUCAAUCUUCAAGUUCCCAGUAAGGAACACUACAGUGCAGUAGCCUAUUUUACAACCACAGGACCUAUCCCCGAGGGAUCUUUGAUGAAUCAGUUUCUAAAAGGUGAUGAUGGGUUUAAGAAUUCCAGGCUUAAGUUGAUUGCCAACAUUGUUAAGGGCCCUUGGAUAGUGAGAAAAGCAGUUGGGGAGCAGGCCAUAUGCAUAAUUGGUCGCUCCCUUUCUUGUAGCUACUGUAUAUCAGACAAUUUUCUAGAAGUAGAUGUAGAUAUUGGAUCUUCCAUGGUUGCAAGUGCAAUAGUUCAUCUGGCAUUUGGUUAUAUCACCACAUUGACUGUAGACCUUGCCUUUCUGAUCGAGAGUCAAACUGAGUCCGAGCUUCCAGAACAGCUCUUAGGUGCUGUUAGAUUCUCCAACCUAGAUCCUGCUGUGGCUAGGCUUGCUGAACAAUCUACUGGUAGGAGUCUUGGCACUUUGCAGUCUUCUCUACCUACACGACUAUGGAAAUCACUCGGGCAGGGGUUCUCCCAUAUUCUUCAUCCAGGUGCCCAAGAGAAUGGCUCUAGCUCAAGCAGCUCACCACAAGCUAAUGGAACAGGGGAUAAUAAAGUUGGCAGUUCUGAAGAGAUUUAAAAGUGGAGCGGUUGAACGAACAGGUUGGAUGUAUAAUAGCUUUCCUAAGAGUAAGAAUAAAAGUAGUUUUGCUUAUAGUUUCGUCGAGUCUUUCCAGCCAGGGGAUUUAUUGCUUGCUCUGUUUCUGAAUCUCUUUUUUACAGUUUGUAAUUCCCAUUUUAUAUAAUUUCUUUUGAGCCGGUGACUUGGUCACUCGUAGUUAUAAAUUGAUAUGGCAAAUCCAAGUUGGAUCCAUAAAAUAAUCUCUUUCUGCAGUAUUGCUGAAAGUUUGAUAAACCUGUUGUAACUUGUGAGAUUGUUUUCAGUUGAGGCUGAUACUCAAU